AGGGCUUUAGGGUCACCAGGGUGUCUUGAAACGUGUCAGAGUGUAGAAAUUGUAACAUAUUAGGCAAAGCUGUGCCGCCACCUUGCGACCCGGAGACCGCGACUUAGCCAUGCAGACGACAAGGGCCUCGAUGGCCCUCUCAAAGCCGCAUCGGCUGGUUCCCGGCAUACCAGCGCGCCUGCCACUGGGCUGCUUGCGGACUCGGCCGACCCUUCAUCCCAUUCACGCGGCUGCGCCUGUGGAGCAGGUCCCAGUUGAGCCCGUCGCUGCUCUUGAAGAAGAGGAGGAUCGUAGCACGAAGGCGUUCCCCUAUUAUGUACCGAAGGACCCGGCCCAGCAGCUUCUGUCCAGCAUCCCGCUCGUCCUGCUUUAUCCUGGAUUUCUAGCUGCUAUUGGAGCAACUGGAUUUGCAGGCUCCCUUCUGGGUCGUGCAGCGCCAGUUGAACCAGGCGCCAAGGACAUCACAUCGUACGGCACAGCGGCUGUAGCAGCAGCUGCAGUUGCGUACGGCUGCGUGAUUGCAAAGCGCAAGCGCGAUUCGGCGUCCGUCGUAGAUCUGUACAACACGCUCGUGGAUCUUCCGGACGCCACGGAUCUCACGCCCCAAACCGUCGCGGAGAUCGGAUCUGCGUACGGCAUCAACUUCCAGCGUGAUGAGCUGGACGGUCUGAAGCGCAUCUACGGGCAGUUCCUGGAGAGCGUCAUUCCCACCGGGGAUGUGCAGCUCAAGGGUGACGAGGCGGCCCGCGUGUCCGCCUUCAAGGAGGCGCUGGGACUGGCGGACGAGGACGCGGCGCCGGUGCACAUCGAGGUGGGGCGGCGGCUGAUGCGGGAAGGCUUCGAAACCAAGGACCGCACGCAGCUGUUCGAGAAGAAGAAGGCCUUCCAGCGGCUCAUCUACGUGAGCCAGGUGGUGUUUGGGGACCAGAAGUCCGCCUUCCUGCUGCCCUGGCGCCGCACCUUCAACCUCAACGACGCGCAGAUAUUCGUGGCGCGACGCGACAACGCGCGCGCCAUCUUCCGACAGUUCCUGGAGGCGCGGGGCGGGGAGCUGCCCGCGGAGAGGCACUUCCUGCGGGAGCUGCGUGAGAAGCAGGUGGCCAUCCGGUUGAUGGACGAGACGGCGGCGGAGGUGGUGCGGGAGGCGGCGCGCAAGACCAUCGAGCGGCACGUGAUGCGCGCUAUUGAGGUGUCCAAGGCCACAGGCAAGGCCCGCGACAUCACGCUGCUGGUGGAGGAGAUGGAUGCGGUGUUGUCGUACAGCCGCAAGCUGGUCAAGUACGGCAGCGAGGACGAUCUGGUUUCGGGGCUGGGAAUGGUGACGCUGCACGGUGGGGCGCUGGAGGCGGAGGGGAGGAGCCGGGAGGUGAAGGAGGUGUUCAGGCUCUACCUGGAGGAGCGUCUGGCUGCUGCGGGCGAGUUCAGUUCGGAGCUGGAGGCGGAUGUGGGGCAGCUGUCCACAGUGCUGUGCCUGGGGGCGCGUGAGACGGGCGCGCUGCGGGACGAGGUGGCGGCCAAGAUGUACCGCCGGCUGCUGAAGGAGGAGGUGACCAGCGGCAGGCUUGACGCCGCCGCCAGCCCCGCCACGGUGCUCCAAGCGCUGUGCGACCGCCUUCACUUCCGGCCCGAGGCGGCGCUGGAGCUUCACAAGCAGCUGUACAAGGCAAAGAUGGGGGCGCUGCUGGAGGCGCGGCGGGGCGCGGGCGGGCUGACGGAGGGGGACGCGGAGGAGCUGAAGCGCAUCCGGAGGAUCCUGUGCCUGCCCGCGGAUGUGGUGAAGAAGGUCCAGCGCGAGACCGCUGGCAAGCUGUUUGAGGAGCUGGUGGGCGAGAUCUACCUUGCUGGCGCCAAGCCGCUGGGGAGCUACGAGGGGGAGCGGCUGGAGCGGGCGCUGAAGGAGUUGCGGCUGGACAGCGAUGUGGCGGUGGAGGUGGUGGCGCAGAUCACCCGCGAGCGCUUCCGCACCUACAUCACCCAGGCGCAGCGCGAGGGCGGCCGCGACCGACGCGAGUUCGCGUCCUGCAUCAAGAAGCUGCUGCAGUUCAACGCGCUCAUGGUGACCCCGCUGUUGGAGCGGGUCAAAGGGGUGGACGCCGCCAAGAAGGAGCUGGCGGAGAUGCUGGCGAAGGCGGCGGAGGCGGCGGCAAAGGAGGAGGCUGCUGAGGGUGGUGCCCCCGCGCUGCCCGCCCCCGCCACCUCCGCCCCCGCCGCCCAGUCGCAGGAGGAGACGGUGGCGCAGGUCCGCAAGGCCAUGCAAGCCACCCGCGGGGAGUUCAGCGAGGAGGAGCGCAAGGCCCAGAAGGAAAUCACCCUCAAGGACGACCUGGAGGCCCCCAUGCGCUCCGAGAUCUACAAGAACUACCUGAUGUAUUCCAUGAGCGGCGAGACGGUGGAGCUGCCGGUGGGGGGAGUCAUCCGCAAGAAGAGCAAUGCGCAGGCGCGACAGGCUGAGAUGUCCCGCCUCUCCUCGCUGGCUGACCUUCUGGGUAUGAGCGGCGCCGAGGUGAUGUCGGCGCAGAGCGACCUGGCGGAGCAGGCGUACAAGGCGCAGGCGCAGGAGGUCAUGCGCAUGGGUCCGCUGAACGAGGAGAAGCUGGCCUACCUGGAAGACAUGCGCGGGCAGCUGGGGCUGAGCAAGGAGGUUGGUGACAAGGUGCUGAAGGCGGCGCGUGUGGAGGUGUACGGCAGUGCCAGCGCGGCGGAGGACGGCAAGUGGAGCAUAGAGCGGGUGCUGGAGCUGCACAAGAACGGCGGCAGCAUUGAGAACUUGAUGGAGGAGGUGACGCGGCGCAACCUGUUCCGUAGGGAGGUGGCGAAGAAGGUGCAGGACGGCACGGGCGAGGCUGACACGUCCUACUACCUGCAGACCCUGCCCACGGCCCUCGCGCUACCAGCUAACAAGGUCCGCCUGAUCGUGAAGGAGGAGGUGGGCAGCCGCAAGCGCAUGCUGCUGGUGCAGGCGGUGUCGCAGUGGCGCCAGCGGCGGCUGCGCGAGGCCGUCACCAGCCUCAACAACCUGCUGUCUUGCGUGGCGCUGCAGCCCGAGGAGCACCCCAUUGCGUGGAAGGAGGCGGGGGAGCUACAGGAGGUGUACGGACUGUUCUGCGUCAAGGAGGAGUCGGAGGCCAAGCGUGCCGCUCUGCGAGCCGUGUUGGGUCUGAGUGAGGCUGAGGCGGGCGAGAUCGCCGCUACUGCCUCAGUGGAUGGGGUACCCAAGCGGGGAGGGGGCGCGGCGGGCGCGUUGGCCGCGGAUGCUGACGAUGAUGACGAGUCAUUCUUUUGAGCAGCAGCAGGAGGAGCAGGAGGAGCAGCACGAGGA